UGACCAGGCAAUUUUUCAAUUGUAAUACCGUUAAGGACCAGGGCUCUUUUUCUGCAGUGGCUGUAUUUAGAUGUAUUUGCCUCUUAUAUAUUUACUGUGCCCACACAUAUUGUAUACCGUUUACCUCACUAUUAAAUGUUCAUUCUAAAGAUACCAUUAUUUUCAUCAUAUCAUAUGAAUUACUAGAAUAAAAAAAGUGAAAUAUGAUGAGACAUAAAACACAGCUGGCCAUCAGGCCCCCAUGUCCCAGUUGGAACAUUUCUGAAGCCAGCCAAUGUAAUUCACCUCCGUCAAACCGUAUGUUUUGGAAAAGUACACAGCCUAGGGCAUUUCACAUGGUGGCAUUUCAAAACUUUGCAUGCACUUAUUCUACCACCAGUCUCUGUCAAACGUUUUUGUGAUGUCCUUUUUCACUCACACAUUCAUGUUCACUUUUUCACUCACACAUUCUACUUUGAGCAUAAAUUCUAACCUCCUGUUAGGUGUUCCUGCCAAAGGACAUCCCAAUAUGUGCUCGGCAACAUCUCCCGGGUACAACGAUACCACGCAUGCAUAUGUUUGUCGGGUUCACUGGGGGAUGCAAAGCAAAAUGUCUGAUAUGCGUUUUUCAAAUUGUACAUAUCUUCUUUGCCGAUCUACCUUAUGGGGGACUUAUCAGAUAUCCCAAUGUAUUUUCUUGACAUGAGCAUGCAUGUAUUUGAAAAGUUGACACCCUGCAGUAGUUGAAGAACGCGUGUGGAGGUAACUGUUCAAUCCUCAUUUUCACACACACACACACACACUGCUUUUUGACUGUGAUUUAGGAGAGCCCGCUGUUGGUUAUUGCAAGAACACACCCCAGGGGGUUUUCUGCAAGGCUUCUCCUUAGGACACCCAUGCCCCCCACGCAUAGGCUUGCCAGGAUUUUGGGAAGGUAUGGUUACAAUUGUAUGACUUUUCAGUUUGAGUUGAAAUUGAGAGUAGUUCUUCUCAUAGGCCUAUCUUUAGCUUGGGGCUUAUCACAUAGCCCAGUUUUAUAGAUCGCCACGAAAGGAUACACACUUUGAAACGUGGACACCCCAAGGUAUUGCAUGUGGAGUGCUUUGAUGCAACUUUUUUUCUUUUUUUUAUAGCCAGACCAAAAAUAAAUAAAUAAAAUAAAACAGUUGAAGAACGCGUGUGGAGGUAACUGUUCAGUCCUCAUUUUCACACACACACACACACACUGCUUUUUGACUGUGAUUUAGGAGAACCCGCUGUUGGUUAUUGCAAGAACACACCCCAGGGGGUUUUCUGCAAGGCUUCUCCUUAGGACACCCAUGCCCCCCACGCAUAGGCUUGCCAGGAUUUUGGGAAGGUAUGGUUACAAUUGUAUGACUUUUCAGUUUGAGUUGAAAUUGAGAGUAGUUCUUCUGAUAGGCCUAUCUUUAGCUUGGGGCUUAUCACAUAGCCCAGUUUUAUAGAUCGCCACGAAAGGAUACACACUUUGAAACGUGGACACCCCAAGGUAUUGCAUGUGGAGUGCUUUGAUGCAACUUUUUUUUCUUUUUUUAUAGCCAGACCAAAAAUAAAUAAAUAAAAUAAAACACUUGAAGAACGCGUGUGGAGGUAACUGUUCAGUCCUCAUUUUCACACACACACACACACACACACACACACACACACACACACACUGCUUUUUGACUGUGAUUUAGGAGAGCCCGCUAUUGGUUAUUGCAAGAACACACCCCAGGGGGUUUUCUGCAAGGCUUCUCCUUAGGACACCCAUGCCCCCCACGCAUAGUCUCGCCAGGAAUUUGGGAAGGUAUGGUUACAAUUGUAUGACUUUUCAGUUUGAGUUGAAAUUGAGAGUAGUUCUUCUGAUAGGCCUAUCUUUAGCUUGGGGCUUAUCACAGAGCCCAGUUUUAUAGAUCGCCACGAAAGGAUACACACUUUGAAACGUGGACACCCCAAGGUAUUGCAUGUGGAGUGCUUUGAUGCAACCUUUUUUUCUUUUUUUAUAGCCAGACCAAAAAUAAAUAAAUAAAAUAAAACAGUUGAAGAACGCGUGUGGAGGUAACUGUUCAAUCCUCAUUUUCACACACACACACACAAACACACUGCUUUUUGACUGUGAUUUAGGAGAGCCCGCAGUUGGUUAUUGCAAGAACACACCCCAGAGGGUUUUCUGCAAGGCUUCUCCUUAGGACACCCAUGCCCCCCACGCAUAGGCUCGCCAGGAUUUUGGGAAGGUAUGGUUACAAUUGUAUGACUUUUCAGUUUGAGUUGAAAUUGAGAGUAGUUCUUCUGAUAGGCCUAUCUUUAGCUUGGGGCUUAUCACAGAGCCCAGUUUUAUAGAUCGCCACGAAAGGAUACACACUUUGAAACGUGGACACCCCAAGGUAUUGCAUGUGGAGUGCUUUGAUGCAACCUUUUUUUUUCUUUUUUUAUAGCCAGACCAAAAAUAAAUAAAUAAAAUAAAACAGUUGAAGAACGCGUGUGGAGGUAACUGUUCAAUCCUCAUUUUCACACACACACAAACACACUGCUUUUUGACUGUGAUUUAGGAGAGCCCGCUGUUGGUUAUUGCAAGAACACACCCCAGGGGGUUUUCUGCAAGGCUUCUCCUUAGGACACCCAUGCCCCCCAUGCACAGGGUAAAUGUAAGAACCCCCCCCCCUAAAAAAACCAAAAAACCUCUGAACGGCAAAUGUUAAAAAAAUAAAUUAAAAAUGGACCAGCGUGUGGUAGCGUUUGAAACAGUCGCCAAUGCAGAGUCCAGGCUGUCCAGGGCAAUCAGGACAGUAAUAUACACUGUCUUUUCUCUGCCCCCUCUUAGAACAGACCCUGCAUCUUUUUUGGGGAUUCUGCUUUGCCGCAGUAGGGGGGAUUUUAAAAAUGAAAUGUGUAGCCCCAACUCUGCUCUCUCCCAUCACCGCCUGGGGAGCAGGUGCAUCACGGUACAAAAUCCCCGAAAUGAUCUGGAGCUGAAACUGUAAAAAUCUCAGUUGCGUCCCGGGGUUUGCUUUUUUGAACAACAAGAAAGCGUUGUGGGCUGCAAUCUGCAUCAGGUAGAUUGCAACCUUUUUGUACCAGGCCCUUGUCUUUCGUAUAAUUAGGUAGGGCUGCAGCAGCUGAUCUGCCAGAUCAACCCCACCCAUGUGCCGGUUAUAGGCCUUGAUGCACACUGGCUUCCUUGUCCUCUCAGCUCUGCCACGUACAGGGACCUCCACAGUCCCCUCAGUGUGGAUGCUGGUAAGAAGGUACACAUCCUUCUUGUCUCUGUACUUAACUGCCAACAGCUCCUCUUGGCGCAGAGCUGAGGUCUCCCCCCUUCGUAGCCGGGUGCGUGCAAGUUGUCCUGGGAAACCUGUGCUGUUCUUUUUAAUUGUGCCGCAAGCUACUGUAUCAAAACAGUACAGUAGCUUGAACAAAGGGACACUUAAAAAAUUGUCAGUAUACAAGUGGUACCCUUUGUUCAUGAGGGGGAAAAUCAGGUCCCAGACAAUCUUGCCACUGGUUCCCAUAUGUUCUGGGCAACCUGGAUGGUCAAGGUGGCUAUCCUUUCCCUCGUACACCUGGAAGGCCUGAAUAUACCCAUUCUCGCUAUCACAGAGCUUAUACAUCUUUACACCAUACCUAGAGCGCUUGGAAGGAACAUACUGCUUGAAUCCCAGCCUUCCCUUAUACUUCAUCAGGGAUUCAUCCACGCAUAUAUUCCUUCCAGGUGUAUAAGCCUCUGCAAACCUGGCAGCGAAGUGGGUAAUCAGGGGGCGGAUUUUAUACAGCCUGUCAAAUUGGGGAUGCUCCCUAGAGGGACACAGGCUGUUGUCGUUGAAGUGCAUGAAAUGCAGAAUCAUUUCAUACCUCUUCCUCGACAUACAUUGGGAGUAAAUGGGGGUAGAGCAGAUGGGGCUACUGCUCCAGUAGGAGCGGAUGGAGGGCUUCUUUAUGAUGCCCAUCAGCAUAGUCAAUGCCCAGAAUCUUUUAAAUUCUGGCACAUCGAUGGGGGCCCAUUUGCCAAAAAAGAGUCAGGAUUUGUAGCUCUGAAUUGAUGGGCAUAUAAAUUAGUUUGGGCGACAAUGUUCCCCAAUACAUCAUCGCCCAGAAACACCUCCAUAAACUGCUGAGGGCUAAAUCCUGUGACAUCCAAAUUAAUGCCAGGAUUUGCAGUAAAGGAUGGGAUGUCUGGCCUCUGGCGAUGAGGCACUACCCACUCCUCAGCAGUUCUGCCAGCUGUAGCAGCACGUCUCCUUCGGGCAGGGGGACUAGCAGGCACAGAUACAACAUCACUAGAUGCAUCACUAGCAGCAGACACUGUAUCUAGUGAUGAUGUAUCUGAGCACCUGGCUGGGUCAAAAUCAGGGUCAGAGUCUGACAUAGACGCGUCAGACUCUAGCGCAAGGGUGGCAUAUGACUGCUCAGCGCUGGUUGACUUCCGUGACCCAUGUGACAUGAUCACAAUCGCUUUACUUAGUGACCUGUCACAAAAAAAAAUAACCCCUAAAAAAAAAAUGAACAGACAGCAAAAUAAGUGCUGCUGUGCAAGAGCCUGUGAUCUGCAGAGUGAUCACAGGCAGGACAGGGGUUAAUCGUUCUGAAAAGAGCUUUUGGGUCUCAAAAAAAAAAAAAAUUCACAAAAAAUGAACCCCUAAAAAAGAAAAAAAAUAUGCACAAACAGCAGACAAUUACUGCUGUGCAAAAGCCGGUGAUUAUAGUGAUCACUGGCAAGACAGGGGUUAAUGGCUCUGAAAAGAGCCUUUGGGUCUCAAGAGUUUACAAAUCCCUACCUAUAAACACCUAAAUCUCUCUAGCUAAACCACAGAUCUCUCUCCUUCUCUCACUAAAGCACAAGUGAGGAGAGGGAGGCAGAUCCACACUAAUCAGAGAAAUGGGGAACACACUUGGGAUGAAAUUGCUAAUGGGGCAAGCUGUGAUUGGAUGACCCCAGCCUGCCCCUUAUGAUGCGGCAUGCUAGGGACACCCCCAGAAGCCCCAUGAUUCACUGCCUUUAGAAAGGGAUGGGGGUUAAUAUUGAUCAUUUUAUUUCUUUUCUAUUUAAUUUUUUAAUAUAUAGUAUUAUAUAUGCACUGAGUGCCAGGACCCCUUGAGGCACUCCGCACAUGCAGAGCAUCACUGCAAUACUAUCAGAGCUUCCAGAGCUCAAAAUAGCUGCAGGAGUACCAGAUACGUCCAAGGUCAUUAUGGAAUGUUUUCUGCCAGACGUACCAGAUACGUCCAUGGUCAUCAAGGGGUUAAACUCCAUCAUCCCCAGGCACAGGAAACACACAAACACAUAUAUAUACAUAUAUAUAUUAUAGUGGGGACUUAGAAAAUCUUUUGCACUAGCAUAUUUUGGGCUAGCCAUGGGUCCUACUGCUUCAGGGAAGGGGGGCAUACAUGAAGGCUUGACUUAAGAAUUUGCUUUCGCCUGGAGCUUUUGGGACUUUGAAGAUUUUUCCAAUCUGAACAGUGAGGACUUUGAAGAUAUUUUGCACAUGUUCUACCCCACCCCAGCGCCCACAAAAUUACAUUUCAGAGCACAAAAAGCCCCUCACAAGUUCCAUCCCUUGAGAGCCACCACCUGGGUGACCAACAUAUCCAAAAAUUCAGGCAGAUCCCUCAAAGGGAUCAGGAAUUUCAUGGAAGUCAUAUUUUGACCGGCAACCGCCAGGCUCACUUAGCCGAAAAUAGUUCCAUAGAAUCGCGCCUAAGUGCCGCUGGAGGACAACCGGCAAAACUUCAAUUUUCAAGCCGAAAACAGUUCCAGGGAUUUCGCGCCUAUGUCCCCCUGAGUCUUUUCCCUCUCCCAGGCCAGGCAAACACCGGCCAGGGGGCUAGCCAUGGGACCUGCUGCUGCAGGGAAGGGGGGGGGGCCAUACAUGAAGGCUUGACUUAAGAAUUUGCUUUCGCCUGGAGCUUUUGGGACUUUGAAGAUUUUUCCAAUCUGAACAGUGAGGUCUUUGAAGAUAUUUUGCACAUGUUCAACACCACCCCAGCACCCACAAAAUUACAUUUCAGAGCACAAAAAGCCCCUCACAAGUUCCAUCCCUUGAGAGCCACCACCUGGGUGACCAACAUAUCCAAAAUUCAGGCAGAUCCCUCAAAGGGAUCAGGAAUUUAAUGGAAGUCAUAUUUUGACCGGCAACCGCCAGGCUCACUUAGCCGAAAAUAGUUCCAUAGAAUCGCGGCUAAGUGCCGCUGGAGGACAACCGGCAAAACUUCAAUUUUCAAGCCGAAAACAGUUCCAGGGAUUUCGCGCCUAUGUCCCCCUGAGUCUUUUCCCUCUCCCAGGCCAGGCAAACACCGGCCAGGGGGCUAGCCAUGGGUCCUACUGCUGCAGGGAAGGGGGGGACCAUACAUGAAGGCUUGACUUAAGAAUUUGCUUUCGCCUGGAGCUUUUGGGACUUUGAAGAUUUUUCCAAUCUGAACAGUGAGGACUUUGAAGAUAUUUUGCACAUGUUCUACACCACCCCAGCACCCACAAAAUUACAUUUCAGAGCACAAAAAGCCCCUCACAAGUUCCAUCCCUUGAGAGCCACCACCUGGGUGACCAACAUAUCCAAAAUUCAGGCAGAUCCCUCAAAGGGAUCAGGAAUUUCAUGGAAGUCAUAUUUUGACCGGCAACCGCCAGGCUCACUUAGCCGAAAAUAGUUCCAUAGAAUCGCGCCUAAGUGCCGCUGGAGGACAACCGGCAAAACUUCAAUUUUCAAGCCGAAAACAGUUCCAGGGAUUUCGCGCCUAUGUCCCCCUGAGUCUUUUCCCUCUCCCAGGCCAGGCAAACACCGGCCAGGGGGCUAGCCAUGGGACCUGCUGCUGCAGGGAAGGGGGGGGGGCCAUACAUGAAGGCUUGACUUAAGAAUUUGCUUUCGCCUGGAGCUUUUGGGACUUUGAAGAUUUUUCCAAUCUGAACAGUGAGGUCUUUGAAGAUAUUUUGCACAUGUUCAACACCACCCCAGCACCCACAAAAUUACAUUUCAGAGCACAAAAAGCCCCUCACAAGUUCCAUCCCUUGAGAGCCACCACCUGGGUGACCAACAUAUCCAAAAUUCAGGCAGAUCCCUGAAAGGGAUCAGGAAUUUCAUGGAAGUCAUAUUUUGACCGGCAACCGCCAGGCUCACUUAGCCGAAAAUAGUUCCAUAGAAUCGCGCCUAAGUGCCGCUGGAGGACAACCGGCAAAACUUCAAUUGUCAAGCCGAAAACAGUUCCAGGGAUUUCGCGCCUAUGUCCCCCUGAGUCUUUUCCCUCUCCCAGGCCAGGCAAACACCGGCCAGGGGGCUAGUCAUGGGUCCUACUGCUGCAGGGAGGCAGGCAGGCUUCAUAGUCCACUUAGUGCUUUUAGCAUACAUGCAUCAUCCUCCCCCGGCCCUAAUGAACAACACCCCUCAUUGUAAGGCCUGUUCAAAUGCCUCCCACCCCUCCUUUGCAGCCACCUCUGUGCCUUAAGCCCCCUCUGGUGGAUGUCCACUUACGCUCGGGCCUUAAGCCCCCUCUGGUGGAUGUCACCUGUUGGACGGGCCUUAAGUACACUGCACAAGAGCCUCCAGAUGCAUGAUAGCCUAGUGCACGCGCCUCGUAUGUGCCGUGGCGCCCAUGUCAGAACUGUCCGACGACUUAUAUAUCAAGUUGUUCCUUCAAGGCCAAGCUGUGUUAGCUAGCCGUGAUGCUGGAAUGUUUGAUUUUUUCCGUAGGACCCCUUUACUUCCAUCUUGCAACACACACCUAUGUCAAGUUGUCCAGGCAGGCUAUAAAAUGUGGAGUGAAGGGCAGAGGACACCACACCUACCGCAGAUAAGGGGUCCAACAACCGCAUUCACUCCAAUGACCCCCUCUCUUUCUCCCCUACACAGAGGAAAUGAAGAAGUAGCUGGUUAUGGAGUGAGACAAAAGCUUGGCUCACAGGAUGACCUUGUCGCCUGCAGUCAAAGUGAAAGGAAACAGUUUCGAGACCAGCCUCUAAAGCACAGGCACCCCCUUACAAAGGGGGUUUUCCAAUACUUUUGCACACAAGACUAAAUUUGUGGUGAUCCUAGAAACUUUCGCAAGGUCUACCCAUUGUAGGGUACCAAGGAGGAUGCGUUGAAAGGGCAACCAGAGCGCAGAGGUAGGGCGGUGGGCGGGAGGGGACAGCCUCUCCAACCCGUCACACCGCUUGCCACAUGGCCCAUCCGCCAGGGCCACUCUCCCAUUUUAGGGUGCCGGGGAGGAGGCAGGCACAGAGAGCCAGACCACAGGGGUAGGACGUCGGUGGGCGGGAGGGGAGAGCAUCCCCUACCCAUCACACCGCUUACCCCCUCGCCCAACCUCCAUGCCUACACUCCCCGGUUUUCUGGCAGCAGGGAGAAAACGUUCAAAGGGCAACCAGAGCGCAGAGGUAGGGCGGUGGGUGGGAGGGGACAGCCUCUCCAACCCGUCACACCGCUUGCCACAUGGCCCAUCCGCCAGGGCCACUCUCCCAUUUUAGGGUGCCGGGGAGGAGGCAGGCACAGAGAGCCAGACCACAGGGGUAGGACGGCGGUGGGCGGGAGGGGAGAGCAUCCCCGACCCGUCACACCGCUUACCCCCGGCCCAACCUCCAUGCCUACACUCCCCGGCUUCUGGCAGCAGGGAGAAAACGUUCUAAGGGCAACCAGAGCGCAGAGGUAGGGCGGUGGGCGGAAGGGGACAACCUCUCCAACCCGUCACACCGCUUGCCACAUGGCCCAUCCACCAGGGCCACUCUCCACAUUGCAGGGUUGCAGGGAGGUAAGAGGCACAGACAGCCAGACCACAGGGGUAGGACGGCGGUGGGCGGGAGGGGAGAGCAUCCCCGACCCGUCACACCGCUUACCCCCUGGCCCAACCAUCACAUUGCCGGCUGGCGGGAGGGAUCAAGAACAGGCAGUCAGACCACAAGGGUAGGACGGCGGUGGGCGGGAGGGGAGAGCAUCCCCAGCCCGUCACACCGCUUACCCCCUGGCCCAACCUCCAUGCCUACGCACCGCUGACCUUCAUGGAAGACAUUCAUGCGGUAUACAUAGACUACUUCGGAUCUGGUCAUUAAAACGCUCUGCGCAAACACAUGGAAAUCCUAGGCAUCAGGACGGCCACCGUUGUCCCCACCAGGGAAGGGGACCUCAGCAGGCCACGAGGCAACAGCCUACACCAUGGUGCACGCAAUAUCAGGCCUCUGCUUUUAGACGGGGAAUGGGUGCAAACUCAGAUGGAGGUCACCAGACAGGUAGAGGAGCGCUUGGUUCGCAGACAGGUAGCGCCCUCACUGGUGGAGCCCGGUGAGAGUCCAGGGUCCACACCUGAGGCAAAGGGGAGAGGGUCAUUUCACCUGUUUGCAGGGGGCCACCAGGGACCACCUGAGCGAAAGCCUCUACCCAGCUCAGGCGCAGGGAGCCAUAUCGAUCGGAGAAGGUAGUGGGAGGAAACAUGUUCAAGAAAUUCGGAUUUCAAUUGCAGAAAGUUAAGUGAGAAAACCUCCCAGAAGUCUGGAACUCUGGGUAGGCAUCAGAGAUCCAGCCAGGGUCCCCUGAACACCAAAGGGAAAAAACAUUCUGUCAGUCUGGAACUCUGGUUAGGCAUAGGAGAACCAGCCAAUGUCCCCUGCCUGCUCUUCAAAAUUUUCGCUCCGAGAAAAUCUCCUCGAGGGUGCCCCCAGCUAUUGUUGUGCACUUUCUGCACGCGCGUCAUUUAGGGGGACCAACCUGAAAGAGUGUCCGACCGCAUGGAAGUGGUGCCUGGACGCGGCAGGGCAGAUCCGACCUCAUUGCUUCAAAGGCCGGAGCUCAUGGGACUUAGAAAAUUUAUCGCUCUUUGACGCAGCGCCCUUCCUGUCCACCAGGGGGCGCCACUAGGGGUGCAGGGUGCCCAGCGCAAGCUCCCUCACCCUGCCCGGCAAGCCCAUCUGAAUUCCCGCAACGUAGGAAGGUUGGGGAGGGCAUCUGA